AUGGCAAUGAAGAACAUCAACAACUUCUUUGUCGCCCUCUUUGUCUCGGUUGUGUUAGUGAGCUCAGCCACAGCAGCUACCAUGGAGUCUCCAGCACCAGCACCAGGUGCUUCCUCUGCCACCGUGGCUUUUCCGGUGGUUGGCUCCAUCGUUGCUGCGUCAUUCUCCGCUUUCUUGGCUCUUCUAUUGCAGUAA